AUGCCCCAGCAGACUGGAUUAGAGGAUAACUAUGUCACUGUCAUGGACCUGCUAGCCCACGCUAAUUAUACUUUUGAAGUUGAAGCUGUAAAUGGAGUUUCUGACUUAAGCCGAUCCCAGAGGCUCUUUGCGGCUGUCAGUAUCACUACUGGCCAAGCAGACUAUCCCUUGAGAACCACGGAGUCAGUACAAGGAUCAGUGCUAAGAAUUAGGGAUGCGCGGAGACACAUGGCACAGUUGGUGCUCCCUAUUGAAAGUUCAGUGAAAGAGAGACAGGAUCAAAGGGAACGGACCUACUCAACAGUAAAAACCAAGUCCACUUCAGCCUCCAUUAAUAAUCUGAAACCAGGAACAGUGUAUGUUUUCCAGAUUCGAGCUUUUACCGCUGCUGGUUAUGGAAAUUACAGUCCUAGACUUGAUGUUGCUACACUAGAGGAAGCUACAGGUAAAAUGUUUGAAGUUAAAUUUCCAGGCACCAAAACCUACAUUGACCCUGAAACCUAUGAGGACCCAAAUAGAGCUGUCCAUCAAUUCGCCAAGGAGCUAGAUGCCUCCUGUAUUAAAAUUGAGCGUGUGAUUGGUGCAGUUCUGCAGAAACACGAUGGACAAUUUACAGUGAUUCAGUUAGUAGGAAUGCUGAGAGGAAUUGCUGCUGGUAUGAGAUAUUUGGCCGAUAUGGGAUAUGUUCACAGGGACCUUGCAGCUCGCAAUAUUCUUGUCAACAGCAAUCUUGUUUGUAAAGUGUCAGAUUUCGGCCUGUCCCGGGUUAUAGAGGAUGAUCCAGAAGCUGUCUAUACAACUACAGGAGGAAAAAUUCCUGUAAGAUGGACAGCACCUGAAGCCAUCCAAUACCGAAAAUUCACAUCAGCCAGUGAUGUAUGGAGCUAUGGAAUAGUCAUGUGGGAAGUUAUGUCUUAUGGAGAAAGACCUUAUUGGGACAUGUCAAAUCAAGAU